UCUACCGGUCGGCGGCGCAACCGCACGCAAUAGUUGUGCGCGCAAAUAUCUGCUAAAUUACAAAACAAAAAGUCAAGAUGUUCCCAUUACGCCGUGUUGGCAGUAAGAUAUUAGAGCAAUGGCGGACACCAAUAGCCGCUAUAAUGCCGAGGGGAUACAGUUCAGAGGCGACUCCGCCAAGAGCCUUGACCAUGUUGACUGAAGAUGAACUCGCUAUGAAAGAAACUGUGAGAAAGCUGGCCACGGAACAGAUCGCCCCUCUAGUCAGGAAGAUGGAGGAUGAGCAUCGCAUUGAUGACGGUAUCAGAAAACUUCUCUUUGACAAUGGACUCAUGGGUAUCGAAACCCCAGCAGAAUACAGUGGCUCAGGCUGUGGUUUCCUCACAAUGAUGCUGGUAGUCGAAGAACUGUCCAGGGUGGAUCCAGCAGUAGCUGCUCUCGUAGACAUCCAUAACACUUUAGUCAACUCUUUACUUAUGAAGUUGGGAACUGAAGAACAGAAGCAGAAAUACUUGACGAAACUUUGUACGGAAUACCCUGGCAGUUUCUGCCUAACAGAACCAACAGCUGGCUCAGACGCUUUCUCCUUGAAAACUGUAGCGAAGAAAGAUGGAGAACACUUUAUCAUCAACGGCUCGAAAAUGUGGAUCUCUAACUCUGAUAUGGCUGGCGUUUUUCUGGUUAUGGCUAAUGCUGAUCCUUCUAAGGGUUACAAAGGCAUCACCUGCUUUAUUGUUGAGCGUGAAACGCCAGGUCUAUCUGUGGCCAAGCCUGAGAACAAGCUGGGUAUUAGGGCAUCUGGUACUUGCAUGGUACACUUUGACAAUGUAAAGGUCCACGAGAGCGCCAUACUUGGAGAAUAUGGGAAGGGGUACAAAUACGCGGCCGGUUUCCUAAACGAGGGCCGCAUCGGCAUCGCUGCUCAGAUGAUCGGUCUGUGUCAGGGCUGCAUGGACGCGACCAUCCCCUACACGCUCGAGAGGAAGCAAUUCGGCAGACCCAUUUACUCAAACCAGGGUAUCAACUACCAAAUCGCGCACCUACAAACGGAACUGGAGGCAGCUCGCCUGCUGGCCUAUAAUGCAGCCAGGCUAAAAGAGAACGGAUUGGAGUUCGUUAAGGAGGCAGCUAUGGCUAAAUACUAUGCUUCAGAAAUCGCUCAACGCCUAACAUCAAAGUGCAUAGACUUCAUGGGUGGCGUGGGUUUCACUCGGGACUUCCCUCAAGAGAAGUUCUUUCGCGACGCCAAGAUCGGUACCAUAUACGAAGGAACCAGCAACAUGCAGCUGCAGACUAUUGCUAAGCUUAUCGAGAAGGAGUACAAGUGAUAAGACAAAUAGAUGAGAAGAGAGGCUGUAAAUAAAAAUGUCAUUUUUAUAUCUUCAUUGCAAAGAACUACGAACUACUUCAUUACGAAGAUAAUUCAAGUUACAUUCAAAAUUUGUUGCAUUAACUUUUAAGCUAAUGAAACGUACCUUUAGUAUAAAGAAGCCACUUAUCGGUGUUUUGUAGAAAUCGCGAAAGCGCACAUAUCAUACAUAUUUUAAAACAGUCAUGAAAAACUAAUUAAUAUUUGCCCUGAUUUUUUUUUUCGAAAUAACGCUUUGGCCCUUUCUACAAAAAACCCACGAUAUGAUCAUGCGUUAAAAGUGCUUUUAUCACAUAAAAAGUCAUAAAAAUAAUAAGAAGCACAUGAAACUAUCCUCAGACUACUAGUACAUAGAUAUUGUUGCUGUAAAUAUAAAAAAAAAUUGUACAAUCCUAAAACCUCUCUCCUGAAAAAUGUCAUUUUGCAGAUGUAGCUUUAUUACGCUAAGGGUGAGACAUAGACGUUACAGACAGAUGGAAUCAACAAUUAAACUUAUAAAAGUACAUAAUGAGCAUAUUCAUUACUUCGUUCCAAUCCAUUUUGAACAAAAAAGUGAACCAACAAGUCACUGACCCGACCAUAGACGGUUUAGUGAUGGCCAAUUG